AUGAGUUUACUAAGUUGGAAUUGCCGAGGGCUUGGGAACCCGAGGGUGGUUCAAUUCCUUAAGGAAAUUGUUUUCCAAAAGAGACCCACAAUUAUUUUUCUUUGUGAGACUAUUUGUAAAAGUGACAGAGUUAAUUAUGUUAAAAGAUUGUUGGGCUUUGAGGGUUGUUAUGUGGUGGAGGCCCGUGGUCAUAGUGGUGGGCUUGCUAUGUUAUGGAAGAAAGAAGAUGAAGGAAAGUUGCUAAGCUUUAGCAAUAACCAUAUUGAUUUGGAGGUGAAAAUGGAUGGUUAUCCUACAUUUCGAGCUACAGGUUUUUAUGGUGAGCCUCAAAGAAGCUUGCGAGGUAACUCGUGGAGAUUAAUCAGAGAUCUUUUAGGUGAGUCAACUCUUCCUUGGUGCUUGUUUGGUGAUUUAAAUAACACGCUAAACCAUGGUGAUAAAAGGGGAGGGAGACCAUAUCCGAACUGGCUCCUCACGGGCUUUCAAGAUGUGGUUACUGAGUGUCAUCUUAUUGACAUGGAUUUGAGGGGCUAUCCGUUCACUUGGGAGAAAGGGAAGGGUACUGAAAAUUGGGUUGAAGUUCGACUGGAUCGGGCUUUAAUUUCUCAAGAAUGGCAAGGGUUGUUUCCUUCGGCUUCACUACAUAAUUUGGAGGUCUCGGUUUCGGAUCAUUGUCCUAUUUGGAUUGACCUUGCUGUAAGUAAACAUGUCCCAAUUCAAAAGAAGUUCCGGUUCGAAAAUGCAUGGUCUCGGGAGCCUAUGUGUCGUAUGAUUGUUCAAGCUAAUUGGGAUAUGGAGCCGCAUGAGUCUUUGGAUAAGAAAUUGAGCUCUUGUAGCACGGCUCUGGGUGCUUGGGGAAAAGAUAUCACGGGAAAUUUCAAUUACAAGAUCAACCGGUGCAAUAAAAUUCUCAAGAGACUAAAGGGUAGAAGAGAUUCAGAGUCCAUUUCAAAGUACAAAGAGACACAAUCUCAACUCUUCGAAGUCCUCUCUAAGAAGGAAGUUUAUUGGAGGCAAAGGUCGAAACAGUUGUGGCUACAAGCUGGGGAUCAAAACACCAAAUAUUUUCACUCAUGUGCAAGUAAUAGGAAGCGUACCAAUCAAAUUGUGUGCUUAAAGAAUGAUGAUGGCACUUGGGUCGAUUGGGAUAGUGGUCUUCGAGAUGUGAUGGCAAAGUACUACAUGGAGCUAUUUUCUACUUCAAAUCCGAAUUGGCAGCGUGUCAUUGAUUGUGUUCGUGGUAUUGUUUCGGAAGACCAGAACAGGGAUAUGUUACUUCCUGUUGAGGAGCAUGAAGUGAGGAAAGCCCUUUUUCAAAUGCAUCCAGAUAAAUCUCCAGGUCCGGAUGGUUUCAACCCCGGGUUUUACCAGAAGCAUUGGGAUAUUGUGGGAAAGGAUGUCACAAGUAUGGUCCAACACUUCUUCAGUGUCGGUGAGUUUCCUGAUCACUUAAUCCAUACUAAUAUUGUUUUAAUCCCGAAAAAGACUCACCCUGAAAGCAUGAGUGAUUUGCGUCCUAUUGCUUUAUGUAAUGUUCUCUAUAAGAUUGCGUCAAAAGUUUUGGCAAAUAGAUUGAAGGGAUGUCUCCCAAGUGUUAUUUCUGAGACUCAGAGCGCUUUCUUACCAGGACGCCUUAUUACUGACAAUAUUUUGGUUUCGUAUGAGAUUAUGCAUUAUCUUAAGCGAAAGCAAAAAGGUAAGCAAGGUUUCAUGGCUUUGAAAUUGGACAUGAGCAAGGCGUAUGAUAGGAUUGAGUGGGGUUUUUUGGAAGCUAUGUUGAGAAAGUUGGGAUUUCAGGAACAUUGUUUCUCGGCAUUGUUGAAUGAUUAUGAGAGAAGAGGCAGAAUCCGAGGCUGUAGAGUUGCAAGGGGGGCUCCUUUGGUGUCUCAUAUGUUAUUUGCAGACGAUAGUUAUAUCUAUUGUCAAGCGACAGAGGAGGGUGCUAGAAAUGUGAUGGAACUCUUACAAUGUUUUCAAGAAGCCUCGGGUCAGCAAGUCAAUCAUCAGAAGUCCACUAUUUUCUUCAGUCCAAAUACAACCCAGAAUGUCAAGGAUACAAUUUGUUCUUUGAUGGGAAUCGCUGAAGCUGGGGAGAAUAGUUUUUAUUUGGGCCUUCCAAACACUUUGGGCCGCAACAAGACUUCAUUGCUUGGUUUCUUGAAGGAUAAAAUGAGAAAAAGAAUUCAAAGUUGGGAAGGAAAAUUUUUGUCUAAAGCUGGAAAAGAGUUACUAAUUAAAAGUGUGGCUCAAUCCUUACCAAGCUAUGCCAUGAAUGUUUUCCUUUUACCUGUGGAAACUUGUCAGGAAAUGGAGCAACUAAUGUGCAAAUUCUGGUGGCAAGCUUCAACAAGGAAUAAUAAAGGGAUACAUUGGAAGAGUUGGGAGAAGUUAACAGUUCAUAAGUCUAAGGGCGGAAUGGGUUUUAGGAACCUGCGAGAUUUUAACUUGAGCCUUUUAAGCAAACAAGGUUGGCGUUUGUUAAGUCAGCCUGAUUCCUUGGUGAGCCGCAUUUUCAAAGCCCGUUAUUACAGAAGUGGUAGCUUUCUAUCUGCUGAUUUGGGGUGUAAUCCGAGCUUUGUGUGGCGUAGCAUUAUGGAAGCUCAGGAGAUGGUUCGAAGUGGGGUCAGGUGUCGUAUUGGGGAUGGUUCAACUGUUAACAUUCUAUUGGACCCGUGGCUGCCUGACCAAGGCGAUCCGAGAGUCUCCUCCUCUCAUCCGGCGUUAGUAAAUCAAACUGUAAAUGUGUUAAUGACUACUGAAGAUGUUGCCUGGGAUGUCGACUUGGUUCGUGAUUUGUUUAAUGACAGGGACGCUAAUUUAAUCCUUAGUAUUCCCUUAUCUUUAAGUCGAAGAGCUGAUGAAUGGUUUUGGUGUUGGGAAAAAACUGGGCAUUUUUCAGUUAAAUCAACAUAUAAGCAGUUACAAUUGUCUAAGGAUGGGGUGUCUCAACAGAGUAAUUCUGCAAUUUGGAAGGGUAUUUGGAAGUUGCAUGUUCCUCCUAAAGUCAAAGAUCUAGUUUGGCGUGCGGCUUCGGAUUGUCUUCCCACUAAAACACGGUUGCGGUCUAAACAUGUUCAAGUUGAUUAUAGCUGUCCAAAAUGUGUGCUUCAUGCCGAAACUCCUUACCACUGUUUGGUUGAAUGUCCGUUCGCUAAUAGUUGUUGGGAGCUUGCUGGUUUGAGGAAAACUACCCCAGCCGUGACCUCUUUUGCAGGUUGGUUGGAAGCCAUGUUCCUGCAGCUAGAUAAAGAUCAAUUAGCGGAUGUUGCAGUGUUGUGUUGGGCUGUUUGGAAGACCAGGAAUGAUCUGGUGUGGUCAGACACGGUAACAACAGCAGCUGCUGUUGUAUUUCUGGCCAAGAAUACUCUCUCCAACUGGUGCAAUGCUCAAGACCGAAUGCUGGUGCCUACAGCAGCUUAUCUCACAGAAAAAGAUGGGCAUUCGGCUUGGUCCAGGCCUGGUGCAAACACUAUUAAAGUCAAUAUUGAUGCUGCAAUUUUUGACAGCAAUGGCACUUAUAGCUUUGUUUGUGUGGCUAGAGAUGCAAAUGGUCACUUUGUUGAGGCUAUUACAAGGUGUCGGGCAGGGAUUGUAACUCCUGAAUUGGCGGAGGCAAUGGGGGUUCGGGAGGCCUUAAGUUGGAUAAAACAACGAGAUUGGCAAGAGGCGAUUGUUGAAACGGAUUGUUUAUCUGUGGUUCAAGCAAUUAGGAGUGAUCUUCCUUUAUUGUCAUAUUUUGGGAGUAUUGUUUCUGAUUGUAAAAUGUUUUUAGAACAAUUGAGGGGUGUUUCUGUUAUUUUUAUUAGACGGUCUGCAAAUAGAGUUGCUCAUGCGUUAGCUCGAGCUUCCUAUUUUGUCGCUGAUCGUACUCUUUUGAGCAAUGAGGUGUCUACCGAUUUGCUUCUUGUAAUCAUGAAUGAUUGCAUUUAA